GAAUACUUGAUUAAUUAACCUUAAAUAAUUAAAAAUAUUCGAAAAAAUGUUAUCGUUAUCUCAAAGGAUUCUAAUUUCACCCCUUGUAAAGUCAUGGAAGGAACCAGUGCAGUUCACGUUAACUCGAAAUUAUGCUGCCCGACGAGGUACCCGAGAAAGGAAGAGCAAAAAAAAAGUUAAAGUUGUUGUGGAAAAGGUUGGUUUCAUUCCACACAACCAAAGGAAUAGGGAAGCGUUAAUGAAAGGUAGGCCGUCCAGAAAGAUAGACGACUCCUGGAUGCGAACACCUACAGACGAAAUUUACUGCACAAAAUAUUUCAAGUGGAAAGUGUAUCCUUUCGAAGAGGCCAUUCGAUGCAUCAGCGAAACACAUCACCUUGACAUGUACAAUCAGCCAAACGCAACGGUACAAGCUGUUAUUGAACUGUACAUGCAAGGAGAGAAAAAGACCAAGUUUGUUGAAGAUUUCAACAGAAUUUGCGGUAUCAAACAUCAUUUUCCCCAUAAUGAAGAAAGAACAAUUGUUGCUUUCGCUAAAGAUAUCGAUGCUCAAGAAGCAGCAAAAGAGGCCGGGGCUCUGUUAGCAGGAGGGGUAGAUUUAAUAAAAAAUAUACAGAAUGGUAAAGUAGUAUUGACAGACUUUGAAUUUGUCGUUUCACAUCCGGACAUUUUACAUGAACUUAGUUCAUUGAGGGGUUUGAUGAAGAAAAAGUAUCCCUCGUACAAAUUAGGCACAAUCGAUGUCAAUUUGGAUGAAGUAGUUGAACGGUACAUGCACGGUGUCAAUUAUAAAGCAGUCAAGGAUGAAUUUGAGAAGGAUUUCGGUGUGAUUGAAGCCCCGAUAGGAACUUUAGAUAUGGAUGCGAAGCAUUUAGAAGAAAAUUUUGGAUCAUUGGUCAAUGAUGUUAUGACUAUGAAACCUAAAAGGGCUGGAGAUUUUAUUCUUAGGACGCUCAUCAAGAGUGCUCCCUCCCCUGAAAUAUUCAAAGUAGACUUUAACCUUUAUUUGCCAAAAACAGAAAAAGAAGUUGGAGAAGAGAAGGAAGUUGAGGAGGUUGACCAAAGUGUAGUUCUUUAAUUUUGGUUGUACACUGAAUAAAAGUUGUAUCAGGUAAAA